AUGACUGAGAGAGGAGGCAGAGAUGGGCAGCGCCCAGAUCGCCGUCGCGGAGGCGGUCGCGGCCGCGGUGGUUCUAAGGGACACUUUCGCGGCCGCGGCGGCGGCAACAGACGCGGCGGCCGUGGUGGCGGCCAUGCCAACAACAACAGGUCAGACUACGGCACGGACAGCCCCAUGGCCAUGGACGUGGAUGACACGCCUACUCACACGCCGCCUCCUGCCCAAGAUGAUGCCUCGUACAAGCCGCCGCUGACCGAGGCCGUGCCCCUCGACACGCCGCGCUUUGCCGACCUCGCCGGGCAGGACCUUGUGCACCCGCUCGUCAUCCAGACCAUCACCGACGACCUCAAGUUUAACCACAUGAUGCCUGUCCAGGCCGCCACACUGUGGGAGCUGCUGCCGCCGAACCGCAGCGACUGCCUCGUGCAGGCCAAGACGGGCACCGGCAAGACCGUCGCGUUUCUUCUGCCCGCCCUGCAGACCAUGCUGAGCCGGACGCGCGGCGCCGCUGUCAGCCGCGACUCACCCACCUCUCUCCUUGUCAUCUCGCCGACCCGUGAGCUAGCCAUGCAAAUCGCGGAAGAGGCGAAGGCGCUGCUUCAGCGGCUGCCCACCUACCGCGUGCGCGUCGCUAUUGGCGGCACCAACAAGGACCGCGAGGAACGCCAGAUCCUCGACGGCUGCGACGUGCUCAUCGCCACACCCGGCCGCCUGAUCGACCACAUGUCCAACGAGGAGAUCGUCUACGCGCUGCGCGGCCUCGACACCCUCGUGCUCGACGAGGCCGACCGCCUGCUCGACAUGGGCUUCAUGCCCGCGCUGCGCGAGAUCGUCAGCAAGCUGCCCGACCGGCAGCAGGUGCCGCGUCAGGGCAUGCUCUUCUCCGCCACCAUCGCCGCGCACGUCAACAAGGUCGCCGGUCUCGUCCUCGCGCCCGGCUACAAGUUCAUCUCCACCAUCCCCGAGGGCGAGGCCAACACGCACGAGCGCGUCCCCCAGCACCUCGUCAAGGUGCCCUCCUUCUCCUCCGUCGCCGCUGGCAUGGUCGGCGCCGUGCGCCAGGAGGCCGCCGCCGCCAACAACGGCAACUUCAAGGCCAUCGUCUUCGCGCCGACCGCCGCGCUCGCCGGCCUCUACGGCCACGUGCUCUCGCAGAUCCCCGGGCUGCCGCCCGUGUCGACGCUGCACAGCCGGAUGACGCAGAGCCGCCGCACCAACGUGACCAACGCGUACCGCGACGCCCGCUCCGCCAUCCUCACCGCGACCGACGUCAUCGCCCGCGGCAUGGACUUUCCCGGCGUCACCAUCGUCUUCCAGGUCGGCAUCCCCUCCGAGAAGCAGAGCUACAUCCACCGCCUGGGCCGCACCGCGCGCGCCGACGCCGAGGGCAAGGGCGUCUUCCUCAUCGCCGAGGACGAGGCCUUCUUCCCGCGCUGGACCCUCAAGGAGAUCUCCUUUGUCCCGCAGGACGCCGACGUGUCCACCGAGCCCGAGGUGGCCCGCAUCAUGGAGCGCAUGGACGAGGAGGAAAAGGGCCGCAUCUACCAGGCCUGGCUCGGCUACUACAACAACCACAUGAAGGGCCUGCGCUGGGACAAGGAGGAGCUGGUGCGCCAGGCCAACGUGUACGCGCGCGAGGCGCUGGGCACGCCCGAGACGCCGACGAUUCAGCGCAGCACGGUCGGCAAGAUGGGCCUGCGGGGGACGAGGGGCCUGAACGUCGUCCCGGAUAAGCCCAGGGCGCCUCGGGGGGGCAGGGGAGGGCGCGGGGGCAGGUAA